CACGCGACGGUACACUGCAAUGCCAGCUUUAUUUGUUGGUCAAUUUGUUUAAAACAAUUUAAAAAGCGUACGCAUAGCUCCACCGCCGGACACCAGCGACUGCAGAAGGCCGGCCUGGAUGGCAGAGAAACCGGUCGCCAUGGAGGGCACCGUGCCGGAGGCCAAGUACCAGAAACUGGCCACAGAAUACUCAAAGCUAAGGGCCCAGGCGACGGUGCUGAAGAAGGCGGUGCUCGAGGAGCAGGCCAAGGAGGCCAGCCUGCGGGAGCAGGUGCAGCAGUAUGCCACCUCGUUGCGGCGCACGGAGCAGGAGGUGGACUCCCUGGGCUUCCGCAACAGGCAGCUGGAGUCGCGCGUCUCCCAGCUGCAGCACGAAAUCUCAGUGCACGAGCAGCCCGGCGGCAGGCGGGGAUUGCAGCAGGGCAACAGGCGAACGGAGGCGGAUCCUCCAGCGGAUGCCGCCCAAGAGGCACUCAUUUUCGAGGAGCUGCAGAAGAAAAUCAUAGAGAAUGCGCAGCUGACGUCGUUGAUUGACGACAAUCAGCGGGAGCUUCUGCUGCACACGGAGCGCAUUGCAGCACUGGAACAAAAGCUGGAGAAGCGCAUCGGCGACCAGAACGAACUCGAAAAGCGACUCAGAAAGGAGGUGGACACGCUGCAGCACAGAAACAGCGAGCUGGAGACCAAGCUCGUGGAUGCGGCCAGCAUGCUGGGCAGCGAGGACGCCCUCAGCGCCACCGGCAGCGAUAAUACUCCACUCCACAAUCUCCAGCAGCAGUCGAACAGCCACCAACUCACCUCCGACGAUCGCUUCGCGCUGCUCGAAAAGGAGGCGGCCCACUGGCGGGCCCAAUUCGAGGUGGCGAAGCUGCACCAGGCGUUUGUCUCGAACCCCAGCAAGGAUCUCAGCACCUGCAGCUGCAGCACGGCGGCGGCGGGCGUCACUGUGCGACCGGCCGAGCCGGAGACCAAGGGCAGCCAGCGGGCGCGCGACUCGCUGCAGGAUCCCCCCGAGCCGCCCAGCAAGGAGCAGCUCAUCUACAGUGUGUUCAGCAAGAAGUUCGAGGAUCUGCUGCGACUCAAAGUGCAGGCGGAAUCCAAGCUGCGUUCGUACGAACUGGAGGUGCAGCACCUGCAGAACUGCCUGGAGAACGCGACGCACGAACUGAAGGCCAAGGACGAGCAGCUGGCCAGCUUGGGCGGAGCCCUGCAAAUGCUCGAAGAGGAGUUGACCACGACGCGUAUUAACUACGAGGAGCAGAUCAGCGUGCUGACGGAGCAGGUCAUCAGCCUGAGCGACCAACUGGCCGCCUGCAAAUGAGCUUGGCCGCCCUGCUGCUUUACUGUAUAUUCUUGUAAAAUAACUAACCGGGAACGCCCGCUCCCUGCUGUUUUGUUAUUGUCCGACGCCCUCGACGUGUAUAUAACUGAACAUUAUAUGUGUAUUAAAUAAUUCUCUAAAGUUUACAAUGUGA